AUGGCAUGCCCCAUCAGCGUUAGCAAGUUUGUUGGCACUGUCUCCCUCGGUCUUCUUACCGGCCUCUCUUACUCCACAUCAGCCAUUACAAUCCCAGCUCUGCAGCUCCUUCCAACAGCGACAACUGCCGCCCGCUCUCUGAACGAAGUGAAGCGCCUAACCCGCCGAUAUGCCCUCCGGCUCUCCUUCUUGACCAAUACCUGUUUCUGUUUCGCAUGGUGCCUCUCAUCUCCACGCCGCCGACACCCAUAUAUGAUCUGGAUGUGUGCAUUCUCUACAAUCGGUGCCCACGGUGUUGAUUUCUGGUUCCACCGUCACCUCGGCUUCAAGAACUGGGUGUCAGCUGUGAUCCGCGAUGUUUCCCACUUUUCUCUGAUCCGGGACUCAAAUACAAGCAAGGAUGAAGACCUUGUUGUGGUUGAGGCCGAGGACGACGUGAACGGCGAAACCGUUCAGCGCGAGAUGGACCGGGAGCGCCGGCUCAACCAAGCGCGCACAUGGUUGUCUGGUAUUGCACUUUCGAUCGGCAUUGUUGGUCUUUGGGGGGACAAGAGAUGA